GACACGCCCUAGGUCAUCCGUUGACGGACGCAAUCGCAUGUAUCGUCACUAAAGUGUCACUACACACUUUAACGCAGAACCAUAAACGUUCACUACUGCGUCUAAGCGUCUGCGUGGUCAUUGCGUUGCGGGAACGUGGGACCAUAGAGAAGACUCCACUGUUGUGGUCGGAUUUAAAGCUAGGGCCAGAGCCGAGAGGGGUUUAGUAUAAGACGUCUACGUCGAAUCCUCCCUCGAUCUCUGAAAACAUGACUUCACUCGCUCGAGCUUUGUCUAAUUCCAAAACCAGCGACGCGGAGUGUCUUGAUAGCCUCCCCAACGCGAUGCGAAACUGCACGCUGCAUGGCAGUAGGCGAGAGGUUCGGGUACUGGUCAUCAACACCGGAGGAACCAUCGGAAUGAAGAGUCAUAACGACGUCCUCUCACCGGAAUCCAAUGCGUUUGUGGAGGGCCUGCGAAAGCUGACCACCUUCCACGAUGAGCAAUAUGCCCAGGACACAGGCUUGUACGAAUUCUACGAUACCCCGGACAAAACACUGGUCCUGCCGAACCCAAGCAGCCAUGCUGAAGAGCGCUUUAAACGGUCGUACAAGGACAAUAAACGGGUGGUGUACACCUUUCUAGAGUACAGCCCCUUACUGGAUUCCUCCAACAUGUCGACCGAGGACUGGGGAAAAAUCGGGAAAGACAUCGAGAAAAACUACGAGUGCUACAAUGGCUUCGUGAUCCUCCACGGCACGGACACCAUGGCCUACACGGCCUCCGCCCUGUCCUUCAUGUGUGAGCACCUGGGCAAGCCCGUCAUCCUCACUGGCUCCCAGGUGCCAAUUUAUGAAAUGAGGAGCGAUGGCAGGGACAACCUGAUGGGGGCGCUGCUGAUUGCUGGACUGUUUGUAAUUCCAGAGGUAUGCGUGUACUUCCGCAACAAACUGUACAGGGGAAACCGCGUCACCAAAGUGGACACCGGGAGUUUCAAUGCCUUUGCCUCCCCUAACCUGCCCCCCCUGGCCAAGAUGGACGUGGAUAUAACAGUCAACUGGGACACGGUGUGGAGAGCCAACACCUCCACCAAGUUCCGCGUGCGCACAGAGCUGAACCGCAACGUGGGCCUGCUGAGGCUGUUCCCUGGCAUCACCGCGGCAACCGUGAGGUCGUUCCUGCAGCCGCCCAUGGAGGGCGUGGUCCUGGAGACCUACGGCACCGGGAACGCCCCCGACAACCGCGCCGACCUCCUGGCCGAGCUGAAGGAGGCCACGGACCGCAGCGUGAUCAUCAUCAACACCACCCAGUGUCUGAGGGGCACCGUGUCCAAGGUCUACGCCACGGGCGAGGUCCUGUAUAAAGCGGGGCUGCUGCCCGGCGUGGACAUGACCCCCGAGGCGGUCCUCUCCAAGCUGUCUUACGUGUUGGCCAUUGAAGGGCUGGACCACCAGACCAAAAAGAAGAUGAUGGCCCAGAACCUGCGAGGGGAGAUGAUGGCAGACCUGGCGGGAGCCAAGCUCAACCUGAGUGACAGCCGCUUCAUCCAGGUCAUCGCCAAGUCGCUCAGCAUCAGCUGCAAGGAGGAACUGGAAGCCAUCCGUGAUGCCCUGGCCCCCCCGCUGGCCUGCGCCGCCGCCAAGAUCGGAGACGUGGAGGCCCUGGAAUCCAUCCGGGAAAUGGGGAGUUACCUGAGUGUUGGCGACUACGACGGACGCACACCGCUGCACAUCGCUGCGUGCGAGGGCCACCUGAAGGUGGUCCAGUACCUCCUGGAGCACGGGUCCAGCGUCCACAGCCGGGAUCGCUACGGCGACACACCCCUGUCUAACGCAGUGCGCUUCAGACGCAAAGACAUCGUGAGGCUCCUGCGGAAGACCGGAGCCCACCUGUCCCGAGAGCAGCUGGCCGUCUCGGGCACAGAGCUGUGCAGCCUAGCGGCGCACGGAGACCUGGACGGUCUGCAGAUCUGGCACCUGGCCGGGGCCGAUCUGAACAUUCCCGGGUAUGACGGACAGACGGCCCUUUCAGUGGCCACGGGGGCUGGCAAGUUGGGGGCCGUCGCGCUUCUCAAUCGCCUCCUGAGUGCCGAGGAUCAGGGAAAAGGUGAUGAGUAGGAUGAUGGUGACGGGGGUGAGAGGGGGAUCAAGCCCAACCCCCCCCUCUGGAGGGACGCUAGACCCGGGAGGGCUCCCACGCCAGCCAGGCUCGCUCACUGCCUUUCCCAGAGCGGCGCCAUCGCCUCCCCUUCCAAUGUUCCAGCGAGUCCUGCCGCCUCAGCGCGUCCUCGGUCCCUUUGUGACGCGCGUCUCCGUACGCCACCAAACACGAGCACAUGUCGUGAACCUUUAUUUCUGGCAUCACUUUUCGCCAAGGCUAUGUGUGUGUGUUAUUUUGAUGUUCAUCUAUUGUAUGUUCUUGUAAAUGUUGUUUUUCCACUUGUCCAUACCAGGCAAUCAGGGAAUCUUCUGUCAAUGGCUCAAAAAGAUGAUGAGAAGAAAUUGACACGCUUUGUCUGGGA